AUGCAACUGAGCACGGGGAUCGAGUCUCCCGUGGUUCUCAACAGAAGCUUGUCACGCGCUUUCCAAGUCCACCAGCAUCUUUUACUGGGCGGAAAUACAGAGAAUCUCGUUGGUCCUGAUUUUAGCCUUCGUGUCAGGUGGAGACCCCCUUCUUGGGACGAAUUGGACGACAUGAUUGAGACAGACACGGCCAAUGGAUCUUUCUUCCUGAAUAUCGAGAGCAUCAGGGUACAUGGCAAGCAGCGCUCCGCUCAAGAUGGCGACCAAACUCCGCAUGCGAGAAAAAGUCGGGUUUUGUUGCGAGCCAAAAGCUCAAUCAAAGCUUCGUUCUUCCCAGAGUCAUCUCAGGUCUGCCGUACGAGGUCGACCUUGAACGCAGUCCUGAAAGCCAAUGAUCGAGGAUCGGAAGGUAGUGCCUCUGUGGAUAUUGAACCUUUUGUUAUUAAACGCCAAAAUUUGGUCCCCACUUCAAGCCGGGUGACCUCAGGAACAAGCUACCUGAUGGAGCUCAGACUUACGUUCACUUCGAAAGAUGAAGCUGAAGAUUUUUAUGACUACAUGGGUGUAAAGAACAUUGCGGGAAACCCAUUGCAGCUGGUCAGUAUCUAUGAAAAUAUCCUUCACUGCCCAUCUGGGCCAACAAUGCUUCAAAUGAAAGACCACACAAACCAAUUGGUUUUUGAUCUAGAAGUCUGCAUGUGGUGGGCCAAUACAGUGCCAGAGUCGAUUUUGGUACGAUCAAAUCGAACUCUAAGAAGCAGAGAGAAGCGGACGAGACCUUAUCUAACGCCACCACUCGAUGUGGAUCGACAACCGAAAUUUCAGAUAAAAUAUGUACUUGGCAACAUAAUUGUUCAGAAGUCCGGGUUGGCUUGUCCACUAGACGGGUGCAGGACAUCCAAAAUGACCGAUAUAAAGGAUUUGAGGAUGCAUCUGGAAAGUUUGCAUGAUCACUUCAGAUGCACGGCCCUUCAGGAAGAGGUGGAUGAGCAGGGUGUUGAGCAUUGGAAGUUCGAGAUCGAAGUUGCUGAUCAUCGAGCUGAAAAACGCACAAGUGAUCGGGCUGAUGAGCCGAUGGAUGUUCAUGUGCAUGCACCAGGACAUCCAUUCGAUAGAGACUUACAUCUGCAAGGCAUCACUGCGUUUCAUCAAGUUGCUACACAGAAGCACCCACCAAAACAUUUUGCAUUAAAAGGAAGACAAACGACAUCAACAACGAAAACAAUAAGAAAGCGCGCAGAAGCCGUACAGGCUCGGCCAGCACGACCUAAGAGGGCAUACAUUGUGCCAGAAGCCCCACCUGGAAUUACCUUCUUUCGGUCUGUCACCAAACAACCUCUACAUGCCGGAGAUGAGAUCAGCGAAUCCGAUGAAGAAGUAGAUCUUGGAUGGAUGCAACUGCGUAGAGACGCAGAAAUCAGCAAAGAAGGGAUUACCGAAGUCGCAAAGCGUUUCCAGAAAGCUUUCGAUGGUUUCAUGCAGGACGAGAAUUUACAGGCGGAUAUUCAUGCAAGUGACGCUGUAGUGAGGUUUACGCGAGAAAUGAACUCAUGGCUAUCUGAGGACGUCUUUGGAGAGCUAAGCUCCAAGCUAGAUGAGCUGCUUCAAGACGAUAUCAUAACCAAGGACACACAUACCGCCUGUUUGGAAAUUGUUCGCACUCCACAAUUUGAAGGCCAAGCCGCAGAUGAAGCUCAACACAGAUUUGAGUCUACAGAAAUGGGAUUGCACCCAAUCCUAAAAACGAAUAGUGGUAGGAAAGGCAGGGGAAAAGCCAAGGUUACGAAUACUGGUCAUCUCACACCUAUCACCACAGACUCAGACGGUGAUCUGGAGAUGCGAGAGACAGUAUUGAAUUCUGAUUCAAGGAUGCAACCUCCUGGGCUCUACUCAACGACACAGCCUACGUAUGACGAAUGUUACUGUGGCGAAGAUCCAUUGGUAUCAUUUAAUGCUUCGCCAGUCAUUGCCUGUAACAGACUUAGUGUUUAG